GGUCUAAAUAAGGCCAAACACCCCAUUUCCCUGUUCAUCGGAGGUUCACGAAAACCAUAACCCCGUUUCCACCGUCGAUGAGUCCUGCUGCAGAUGUCGGGUAAUAUGAGGGACGAAGGACUCACUUUGUAUCGUCUUCUUUGAUCGAUUUGAUGUGUUCUUUCUUCGCUGGAACGCUAGUUACACCGCAGAUGGCCAAUUCAACCUCCGAUUUUCAUCAAAAACUCAUCCUGUUAGCAGAACCCAUCCGACAAUCACUAUCAUCCACCACCCCAUCGGACGGUUCACCUUCACUCAAAUCCCACCUUCAAUCUCUCCUUCCUCCACCCAACGAACCCGAUCUUCAACCCCUGUUCACCAACUUCAGCUUACUCUGUGCCGCUCUGGCUGCUUCCCAAACCUCCACAUACGAUCAACUCUCUUGGAUUCCGGUCUCUCUUUCCACUUCUGCGGAGUCUGCUUUUCAAGACUUACAAAAAGCUUAUUCCGAUUAUCAAAACAAGGAUUUGUUGGUGGAGUUGAUGCCCAUAGUUUUGCCUUUGCUGAAAUCGAGUAUUACGGAGAGUUCAAUUGAUGAUGACGGUGAUGAGGCUUCGGAUCGGGUUCCGGUUGCUUAUGCUGUUGUUGCUGCUUAUCAGUUUAAAUGGUUUGUUACACAGAUUGAUCUUCAGCUGCUGGGAAAACUGUGUUCCUUGAUUAUUCCCUGUGCACUCACUGCACUUGAUCAUUGGUCACCCCAAGUCAAAGGGGAGGGAAUGAGUGUGUUUAUACAUCUUGCGAAACAUGUGAGCUGUAGUGAGUUCAGUUUGUAUGAAGAUGUGAUCCUAGAUGCUUGCUGCCAAAACAUUGCUUCCAGCGAUGAGAUAUGGGAACAUGUGGUUGAGAUGUCGGUGCUCCUUGUGACUUGUACGCAACAGAACAAUCCUCGUAGCCCAUGGUUUGAGAAGGUGCUAAAUGAGAUGUUGAGCCACCUAUGGCGACAGCCGAGAUCUAAGGAGCGGCGUAUUGCUUGGCUUAAACACAUUGAACCGCUUUUCAGUGGCAUGGGUAUUGUAUUGUUGGGUCAUUUCAGGCGCCUUCUUCCCCUGUUUUUCAAGUGGUUGCAUGCUGAUGAUGAUGCAAGUGUUCUACUGGUCCUCGACAGUAUCAAAACAGUUAUAAAGUUCACGUGGAUAAGAUAUUCACCGUAUUAUGACAAGUUGAUAGAUGAAUUGGUGACUCUAUACAAGGAUGCAUCAAUGAAAGUUGAAAGAGAGAAUAUACGAGCUCGUAUACUUCAAAUACUCAUCUUGCUUCAACCAUGCAAAGGUCAGCAGUUUGAAGCAGCUUGGAUAAAACACAAACACGAUCCAAAUUUAUCGUCACUUUCUCCCUCACUCACUCACUGUAGCAGCUGAUUAUUUCAACUCCAUCACAGCUGGAAACACACAAAUGCCUAAUUUGACAAGAACCGAGAGUUCAUCUAAUUGAUAUCUUUAUCUUAGCCAACAACCUGCUACUGAUUAUUCCUUUUUUUUUUUUUUGAAAGUUCUAGUUAAUAAUGAAGUUUUUUUGAUUUAUUUGCGUUUGCCAUGGUUGUUUGCAGUCUUUAAGCUAUGUAAAUGGUAGUCGAUGAUGAAAAUGUGAUGUAGUUGCACUAUACUAGUUUUUUGAAGUCUUUAAAGCUAUGUAAAUGGUUGUCAAUGAUGACAAAUAUUUUAUGCACU